CUGUUAGAAAUCACAGCAACUCAUUCUUCUCUGUCUGAAAACCAAACCCAUUUCUUCAAUCUCUCCUCAUCUCAAUCUCGACAACCAAAAAAAUGGCCUCUUUAGCACCCGGAAUCCUUCAGAAGCUAAUCGACGGUAUGAAAACGGGGGUUAAACCGACCCGAGAACACAGAAGCUCUCUCCUACAAGUCACAGACAUCGUCCCCAUCGAUCUCGACGAGAAGAAUCUCUUACCAAAACAAGGCUUCUUCAUCAAACUCACCGACUCUUCUCACUCCAUCUACGUCAGCCUCCCUCCCGACCAAGACGACGUCGUGCUGAGCAACAAGAUGCAGCUCGGACAGUUCAUCUACGUCGAUAGGCUCGUUCCAGGGACCCCUGUUCCGAUCGUUCAAGGCGCUAGGCCCAUCCCUGGACGCCAUCCUCUGCUCGGAACUCCUGAGCAGGGGCCGUUGAUGAGGAGCUCUACAAGGCCGAGGAGAGGCUCUUGGGAUCUGAACGGUGACGUUUUGGUCUUGAAGCCUGCGUCUUUGGAUUUUGAUCAGUGUACUCCGGCGAAGCAGAGGGUGAUGAUGACGAGAGGUGGUGUUAGUAAGAGCUGUGUUGCUGUUCCGUCGAGUUCGAAGUUUCCGAGGAGUAGAAGUGUUUGUGAUAGAGAGAGGGUGAAGAGCUCUGUUUCUUCUGCUCUGUUUAGUCCUUUUAGAUCCUCUGCUAAGAAAAGCAACUCACCUCCUCCUCCGAGUGUACGCACUAGACGAGCAACCGCAGAAGAUGAAAGAGAUGCUCCAAAGUCUACUUCCAAAUUGGCUUCUCCAAAGUAUAGUAAGUUGGAAAAACAAGAGAAGAUUUCGAGUCUAACAGGAAGACUCAGCACACUGAGCAAGGAAGCUAUGCAGCAGCGCGAGACGGCUCAGAAGAUAGCUCUUCAGGCAUUGAGAGAAGCUACAGUUACGGAAACAGUUGUUCGUCAUCUCAAAACAUUAGCCAACCUGAACAAAUCAGCAAAAGCUGAUUGUCCAGCUGGAUGCUUUGAGAAGUUCUUGGAGUUUCACAAGCAGAUAACUGAAACCAUGAGUGAGAUAGCAUCCAUUGAAGCAGCUUAUGAGAACAGAUCUGAGGAUGGAUCAAGUGCAAUACUUAACGAAAUCCAUCACAACUCUAUUGAUCAGGAGAAAACUGCAUCAAAGAGAAGAACCACUGCUCUGAAGCAGCAGCAGAGCCAUAAGAAAUUGAGAUCAAACGAUGAGAACAAGAACCCAUCAGCAUCUCCUCCUCCUUCCGGGUUAGGAAACACAGUUAAGCUGGCUAAAGAGAUGGAGAAAGAAGCUUCAAAUUGGUUCAUGGAGUUUAUAGAGAAGGCUAUAGAGAAAGGGAUGAAGAAAUGUAAAGGAACAGGUGAUGCAGAUGUUAAGAAGGUUCCACAGUCUCUGAUCCUACAAGUUGUAAACUGGGUGGAAGCAGAACAGUCUGCUGUUAACACUAGACGACCGGUCCAUCCAAAAGCUUCACAAAUCACUAGAAAGCUCAGAAUCAAAAUCAAGAAUCCUUGAAUCAUACAUGUGCAGACACUGAGAAUUUUUUCAUAGUGUUUCCACUGGUUUAGAGAAAUUUAUUCAUGGAUUCUAUUGAUGUUAAGUCACCUUUAUAAGAAGUGGCUAUUCUAAAAUGUCACAGAUUAAAGAUGGCUUAUAUCCGUCACAAGAAAAAGAAAAAAAAAAGAAGAUAAAUAUAUCAAGAAAUGUUUUACAAAUCACACAUUGUAUGGUAGCUUCAUGUGUAAGUGUGCUGAAGAUAAAUUUAUCAUCAUCAUAAGUGCUAAUCCUUUUAUUAACCAACCUCGAGGAAAUAAGCAUUAGUUUCCAGCUUAUUAUGGGAGAGAGAUACCUGGUUUGGUUUGGUUUGGUUUAGAGCCAAGCCGGGUUCUUGAUGGCAGUAACAACAGCCUUGACUUGCAAGUA